GGGGUUUUGUUAUCUUUACAUCAUUGAGCCAAAUAUUUUACUUGGGGUCUACCCAAUGCAAUGCUUUUGUCCGGGGCUGAGCACCAACAACAGGUUGCUAGAAUAGGGAACCAAUUCGUCAAAUGAAUAUGAGUAUGGUCAGAGACAAGUCGAAAUAAAUACAACAUGAUCAAUAGCUAACAUAUAAGUACAUGACUUGUAUCUCGCCUUCUCUCGUUUCUCUUCUCUCGAAAAAGAAUAUUCAGAAAUCUUCAGAAACCUCUAACUUCAUUUCACUUACUACAAUCAUCUUAAGCUGCAUCCUCUCUCACUCAAUAAUCCGCAACCAUUCAAAUCACAGAAGAAACUCCCUCGCUAACAAUGGUUUUUACACCAGAACCCGGAACACUAUCUCACUACAACUACGACCCAUCGUUCGAAGCCGCCAUCGCAGUCGGCGUACUCUAUUCCUUGGCAUUUUUCGUUACCUUCUUCCAAUGGCUUAGAUACAAUGCCGGGGUAUGGGCCAUCAUGGUUGUUGCUGCUGCCAUGGAAGGAGCCGGCUAUAUUAUCAGAGCACUCUCCACGAAACACGUUACUGAGAAAUCAAUAUAUGUGGCGCAAACUGCACUUAUUGUGCUAUCACCUGUGCUCAUGGCCGCUGCUUGCUAUAUCAUUUUUGGGAGAAUCAUUUAUCACAUCGUCCCAAAGGAAGCACGAACCACCAAGCUCCUCUGGAUUCCCCCUCGGUUCAUUACCCCUAUUUUCGUAGUCUGCGACAUCCUUGCGCUUCUCCUUCAACUAAUUGGUGUCGUGCGCAUCACAUCCAUCGAUAUUACCUCUGUCGACGCGCAAUCCAAGCUAACUCAAGGGGAAAACAUUGCUCUGGUUGGAGUUGCAAUUCAGAUGGCAUGUUUUGGGCUUUUUUCCAUCAUCGCUAUUCGGUUCAAUUUUACGUCUCGACGCUUCACAUCGGAUUUUCAACAACGCGUUACUCUUCCAAAUGAUAGCAAGAGCAAGAAUGAGGAAUAUGUGAUAAUAGACGGAGCAGAGAAGAAGCUCAAGCCAAAUUGGCAGGCGCUAUUACAUGUGGUCAAUAUUACUUGCAUGUUGAUUCUGAUUAGGAGUGUUUUUCGCAUGGUAGAUUUUGCUCUGGGAAGGACGGGGUACACUGAAGAACAUGAGUGGUGUCUAUAUGUUUUCGAUGCGUUGCCUAUCUUUCCUUGUGUGGCACUCUUCAAUUAUUGGCACCCAGCAAAAUACCUCCCAUAUCUGCAAUGGGGAUUGCCAAAGCAUCCCAGAUGAAUCAAUGCAAACUCGAAGCCGCGAUUAGAAGGCAAUAAUUGACGAAGUCGUUGGAAGAGUAUUCGAUUUUGGUUCGUAGGAGGAUUUAGAUGGUGAAGACAACUGCGUAUUAGCCGUGUGAGAUCUUUUCAUCUCUCGGGUUUGUUUAAUACGAUUUGCUAAGAUAGUUGCGAGUAUACUUAGCUGUGUGAUUUAAUAGCAUUUACCCUUAUCUCUAGUCGUCAUUAUCGAGUACCUCUUAAUUUACCAAUACAGAAAAACACCACUUAUAGAACUGUAGCCGGCGCAUUGAUCAGAGGACGGAGCCGGUCUUCAUGCUCACUCCAUGUCGCAACCGACAUGGCGAAUUGGUUACCCUUUUCGGAAUGGUGCUUAUGUACGUAAAUACUAUCAUACACUCUUAAUCGCGGUCAG